AUGCACGCCGCUACCACUCUCCUUUUCAUUGCCGGCUUGGCUGGCACGGCUCUUGGUGCUGCAACCAAGAUGUACGACGAUGAGAACUGCACGAACGAGGUCGACAAGAAGGUGUACAACGGCCUCUCGCUAGGCGAUGCCCCCCUGACGGAUAACAUCAAGUCGAUCAAGACGGACGCCGUGUUUGACACCUGGUACGCGUACCAGGACAGCGACGGCGACAAGUGCAAGGGCGACCUCCUCACGUCGCUCAAGGAUGGCGACUGCAUCAAGGUUGCGGACCUGGGCAUCGGGUGCACUCGUAUCUGCAGCGCGGGCAUUGGCACCUCCAGCUGCGCUGUGACCCACGCCUAA